AUGAGGCUCCCGCUGCUGCUCUCCUUGGCCGCGCUGGCCACCAGCAGCUUCUCCACGGAGCCAGAGACAGGCCCAGAAGGGAUGCACGAGGUGCAGCAACAACAGAGCCCUGCCUCAGGGAGCUCACAUGCCCGCCGGCUGGGGGACAGCGCCGGCAAACCAGCAUUUUCUUCCCGCGCCGAUAAAUGUUGGCCUCCUUCCUCCUCCUGCGUUCACCUUCCAGCACUCACCCCGGAGGUCUCCAUCGCCUACCGAGUCCUGGAGGUCUUCCCCCGAGGCCGCCGCGUGGUCAUCACCUGCCACUCGCAGAUGCCCCUGCCCGUCACCUACUCCCUCUGGGGGAGCCGGAACAUUGAAGUUUCCAAGAAGAUGGUGAGCACCCGCGACCCCGUCUCCUUCCACAUCAACGUCACGCUCAAGUCCAGGCCAGACCUGCUCACCUACACCUGCCAGGCCAGCACCAACUGGGGCCUGAGCCAGGCCAGCACCACGCUGCAGAUGUACUGGGAGCUGUGGGCCAAGCCUGUGUCCCAGCUGCAAACUGGCCUCACCCUGCUGGACAGAGGGGCAGGGCCAAGGUUGGAGAUGUCCUGCCAGGCGGCCUCGGGCAGCCCACCCAUCACCUACAGCCUGGUCGGGAAGGACGGGCACGUCCACAUGCGGCAGACGCCGCCGUACGGGCAGCCCGCCAACUUCUCGGUCCCGCUGACCCAGACACCGGCCUGGCUGCAGUGCCAGGCCCAAAAUGGCGUCGGGGUCCAGAGCAGCCCCCUCACGCUGGUGCCCCCAGGCCAGCUGCCCAAGGCCGCCACCUUCGUGCUGGCUGCCAGCCUCACCUCCAUCGCAGCCAUCACCUCCGGGAUGCUGGGCUGGACUGCGCGGAGCAGGUUGUGACCAGCAGGUGCAGGCUCUGCAGAGCCCCCACGAGCCCAUCCUGGCCGGACAGGAGGAGCCCCUGGGAAUGAAGAACAGCCGCAGCCCGGGCCCUGCUGCUCUGCAGCGAGGAUGUCAAGAUGGG